AUGGAUUGGGAAGAAUUUUUGGCACUCUUUUACAAGAAGUACUUUCCUGAUACCGUGAAAGAGGAAUUACAAAUGGAGUUCAUAAACUUGACACAAGGGACCAUGACUGUGAGGGAGUAUGAGGCACGGUUUGCUGAGUUGUCUCGUUUUGCAGACCCUCUGAGUGAGUUGCAACAAACCCAGAAGUUUCAAAGGGGUUUGAAUGCUUAUGUGAAGAAGAUGGUGACUGGUUUUCGCCACACGAAAAUGGUGGAUGUGGUGGAGUGUGCAGCUUCUAUUGAAGCAAAUAAUAAUGAGUUUAAGAAGAGUCUGGAUGUCAAGAGAGACGCCAAAGGGAAAGGAAAGGCGCCAGCACAAAGUAGCACCACUGGGAAUCAGGGAGGUGUUGGUAAGAAGCAGAGGACGGGCCAGGACAUAUUGCUAAGAGUUGCAAGAGUGAAAACAAACCGGGGCAACAACAAAGACAAGGAAAUGCCAGAGUCUUUGCAGUGGGUCAAAGGCAGAGGAACACUGGUGUGUGAGUCUUGCCCAUUGUUGAUUGGUAACAAGGAGUUCCUUGCUGAUUUAAUUGUUCUGGUUGAUAACUCAUAUGAUAUGAUACUUGGUGUGGACUGGUUACGGUGUAAUCAUGCUGUAAUUGAUUGUCAUGGAAUGUUAGUGUCGUUUCAUACUCCUGGGCAAGCGGUGGUUCGGCAUAGGUGCAUUAAAACUGAUGCAACUAUGAAGUUUGGGUUUCUAGCUCUUGUGGAAAGAGUAGAACGAGUUCUAACAUUGGAAGAUGUUCCUAAAGUAUCUUUGUAUCAGGAUGUUUUCCAAGAUAUUGUGGGAUAUCACCAAGUUAGGGUGAGGGAGGAAGAUAUUCCUAAGACAGCAUUUCGAACCAGGUAUGGACAUUAUGAGUUUGUUGUCAUGCCUUUUGGGUUGACUAAUGCACCUGCUGUGUUUAUGGAUUUGAUGAACAGAAUAUUCGGUCCUUACUUGGAUGAUUUUGUUGUGGUGUUUGUGGAUGAUAUCUUGAUCUACUCAAAGAAUGAUGAAGAUCAUGAUAGACAUCUGGAGAUUGUUUUGGAAACAUUAAGGAGGAAUCAGUUGUAUGCCAAGUAUGAAAAGUGUGAUUUUUGGCAGGAUAAAGUAAAAUUUCUCGGCCAUGUGGUUUCUAAGGAUGGGGUAUCAGUGGAUCCUUCUAAAGUGGAAGCAGUUAUGGAGUGGAAACAGCCUGCUACUGUGACUGAGAUUCGUAGUUUCUUGGGUUUGGCCGGUUAUUAUCGGAGGUUUAUUGAGGAUUUCUCAAGUAUUGCUGCACCUUUGACCAAGUUGACAAGGAAAGAUGUGUUGUUCAUUUGGAAUGAGGAUUGUGAGAAAGCCUUCAAGGAACUGAAGAAGAAAUUGACUAUUGCUCCGGUGUUGACAAUUCCCUCAGGAGGAGGAGGAUUGGUGAUUUAUAGUAAUGCAUCUCUUCAGGGUUUGGGAUGUGUGUUGAUGCAGAAUGGUAAAGUGGUUGCUUAUGCAUCUACACAGCUGAAGGUGCAUGAGAGAAACUACCCUACACAUGAUUUAGAAUUGGCUGCAGUGGUGUUCACCUUGAAAGUUUGGAGGCAUUAUUUGUAUGGUGAGAAGUUUGAACUCUUUUCAGACCAUAAGAGUUUAAAGUAUCUCUUCUCUCAAAAGGAGCUGAACAUGAGGCAAAGGAGAUGGAUGGAACUCAUAAAGGAUUAUGAUUUCACGUUGGAAUAUCAUCCAGGGAAAGCUAAUGUUGUUGCAGAUGAGCAAGCUCAAGACGUGGGAAUGCGAGCUAAAAUGGUUGAGUUAACAAUUGAACCAACUUUUAUAGGUCUUUCUGAAUGGACAAUUGGGAAUGAUGGUGGUUUGAGAUACCGAGGGAAGUUGUGCGUGCCUGAAUCUAAGAAUCUUAAAACAGAGAUUAUGGAUGAAGCUCAACGUUCUAAGUAUACGGUUCAUCCAGGAAGUUCUAAGAUGUACAAGGAUCUUAGGAGACAAUUCUGGUGGAUUGCUAUGAAAAGGGAGGUGGGACA